GUCCGCUAGUCAAAAGCCAACUUUGACUGAUAUUUGGUCAUAUUUUACAUUUCUCUUUUCUACUUUCUACAUCACACUCUGAAUCCUUCGAGGCUGCGGUUCCAAAGUACACAGACUCUUACCAUCCUUCAAACAGAUAUGUCCCCUUCAACACCACCGCCUCGCUUGCCAGAGGACAGGACGCUCGCAGAUAUGGGAGACAAUACACACCAGGUCGAUCCUGAGAAGGAAAAGCCGAACGAAAUGUCCUCUUCGGCCUCCUCGACGGACAAUGGUGUACCCAGAUCAGAUGCCCCUGAAGCUGAUGGUGCUACUACCGAAGAGAAACCUGUCGCUGAGCCGCCGAAACCUAUGACAUACCCAAAGGGUAUCGAGGUCUUGUUCAUUAUGCUUGCUCUCAUACUCAGUAUCACACUGAUCUCUCUGGACCAGACCAUCGUCGCGACCGCAAUUCCAAAGAUCACGGACCAAUUCCACAAGCUUGAUGAUAUCUCGUGGUACGGUUCUGCUUACUUCUUGACGCUUGGCGCGUUCCAGUCACUAUGGGGCAAGGUGUACAAAUUCUUCCCACUGAAAACCAGCUUCCUGGUCGCAAUCUUCAUCUUCGAACUCGGAAGCUUGAUCAGCGGAGUCGCUCAGAACUCAAUGACUCUGAUCGUUGGACGUGCUAUUUCCGGUCUUGGUGCUUCGGGUAUUGCGCCUGGAGUUUACACGAUUUCGGCGUUUGCGGCUGAGCCCACGAAACGAGCUACCUACACCUCGGUCAUUGGAGUUUCGUAUGGUGUUGCUGCUGUGUGUGGACCACUCAUUGGUGGAGGACUCACUGAUGGAGCGUCGUGGAGAUGGUGCUUCUAUAUCAAUCUUCCAAUCGGUGGUCUGGCCGCUGCUGUCAUUUUGGUCACCUUCAAGACUCCUGCAGCUGCCAAGGUGGUCCAAGCUACAUUAAAGGAGAAGCUUUUGCAAAUGGACUUCUUGGGCGCAACGCUCACCAUGGGUGCAUCCCUCACCUUGCUACUAGCCCUUCAGUAUGGAGGUCAGACCCAUCCGUGGAGCUCUAGUCUUGUUAUCGGAUUGAUCGUCGGUUUCGUUGCCAUCGUUGGAGUCCUCACAGCAGUAGAGAUCUGGCAGGGCGAACGCGCCAUGCUAACACCUCGCCUGAUGCGUCAACGACACGUCUGGGUCAACGGUCUUUGGGGUUUCUUCUUUGCCGGCGCUUAUUUCGUCACGCUCUACUACCUGCCCAUUUAUUUCCAAAGUAUCGACAACGCCAGUCCGAUUGGCUCGGGUGUCCGCAACAUCCCUCUCAUCGUCCUGUUCGGCAUCGCCACAUACGGCUCGGGUGUGAUCAUCACAAAGACAGGUGUCGCAGCUCCUUACUUGCCAGUUAGCUCCGUAAUCGUCACCAUCGCCGCCGGUCUAUUCUUCACCAUGGACAUUGGAACAUCGACAGGCAAAUGGGUUGGCUACCAGAUCCUAGGCGGCUUUGGAUACGGUCUCGCGCUGCAAGUUCCCGUCAUCAUCUCGCAGGCCUUCUCCGCACCCGCUGAUAUAGCCCCCACCACGGCAAUCAUCAUAUGGUGUCGAUCCAUGGGUGGUACAAUCCUCCUCUCAGCCGCCCAGUGCGGCUUCGUCAACCAACUCGUCGCAAAGCUCGCCAGCACCGCACCCAAUCUCGAUGCAACCCUCGUCACCGCCACCGGCGCCACGGAUCUGCACCGCGUCUUUACCGGCGCCGACCUCGACGGCGUCUUGCGCGCGUAUGCAUGGGGUAUCAAGGUUGCCUUUGCAAUCACAAUCGCGUGCUGUGGUAUCUGUGUGCCUGUCAGCAUGCUCACCAGGUGGAAUAAUGUCAAUGCAAAGAAGCAGGCUGCUAGCAAGGCUUGAGAUGGCUAUUUCCCCCAACAUAGGGGCGAGAAGGGCGGUGCUGUUGACUGAUCGAGGCGGGAAGUUCAUUUCAUGUGUACGAUGAUUUUAGCAUUGGGUUUGGGGUAGAGGAGAGCGUAGAAUGCGUGUUAGAGGGGUGGAAAAUGGGUGCCGCUCAUGGCUAGCUUUUCUUAAUAUACUCAAGUAGACCUCGCAAGGUAGUUCACUUUGUAGCAUUAGCAUUGAAAUUGAAAUAUGAAAGCUU